AAUACAGUUGCCAUGUUUUGGAGUCUUUUGAAAAUUGGUUUGCAUCAUCUUCUUCAUCAUCAGCUGUAGUUUCUCUUCCAGCUAAGCUUUUUGUUCCUUCAGAUAAAAUUCCAAUUUGAUUUUUUUUCCCAAUGAAUCAGCAGAGGGUAGAACAGACAUUUCACUAUUAGAUGGAAGCAAGCACCUUUGUUUGUUUGUUCUUUCUUUCUCUCUCUCCUAACUACAAGACAUGUCCUUUUCUUUACAUUAAAAUAAAGUCUUCAAAGAUCAGAAUUUUCAUGUAAAAAAAGUGGAGGAGCUGAGUUUCUUGAUGUUUGAUUGAGGGGUUGUUUUGGAAUUGACCAUCAAGAACCCCCUCCAAAUCCCAAAGCUAUUGCUUCUUGAUUCUGGGGUUUUGCUUCUUUCUUGAAAAAAUAAUUUUGUUUCUUCUUUUCUCAAGAAUUUAUUAGUACUUUGUUGUUUUCUGUUGGAUUUUGGACAUCAUUAUUUCAAUGUGUACUAAGUGUCAGCUCAAGGGAGAAAGUUGUCAUCUAGCGUAAUUGAUUGUUGUGUUUGAUAUCUAUAUGAAAAUUUUGGGGCUUUAUGAGGUUAAAGAUUGGAUCUUUUUCAGUUUUAGGUGGAAUGGGGCAUUCUUGAAAUGAGUUAUUGAUGAAAGAAAGUUGUCAUCUAGUGUAAUUGAUUGUUUGUGUUUGAUACCUAUAUGACAAUUUUGGGGCUUUAUGAGGUUAAAGAUUGGAUCUUUUUCAGUUUUAGGUGGAAUGGGGCAUUCUUGAACUGAGUUAUUGAUGAUAGAAAGUUGUCAUCUAGUGUAAUUGAUUGUUUGUGUUUGAUACCUAUAUGAAAAUUUUGGGGCUUUAUGAAGUUAAAGAUUGGAUCUUUUUCAGUUUUAGGUGGAAUGGGGCAUUCUUGAAAUGAGUUAUUGAUGAAAGAAAGCAGUUUGAUGAGGGUUUUGUUCUGCAAAAUCCAUUGUCCAUUUGUUUGUUUCUGUAAACCCUCUGCUGCUCAUCUUUACACUCCAGGUCCAUUGAAAUUGGAAAGUACCCCACAUGUUUCUCUUCCUUCUGGUGCCUCUCAUCAACAAUCUGAGGUCACUCUAGAUGCUGGGAAUGGUCUUAAAAGUUGUAUUAGGAAAGGUCCUGUUGUUGGACCUAAGGAGAUUAUUGACAAGAAGAGAGUUCAAUGGAUGGAUAACAUAGGGAAAGAACUUGUUGAGAUCAAGGAGUUUGAAUCCAGUGAAACGGGAGAUACUGACACUGAUGAGGAGACAAGACAUUGUCUAUGCAUUAUUCUUUGAUGGUGCUUAACCAGCUUCUUCCUGCAACUACUUCCAAGUGGCUGCAGUUUAAUCUAAUACAAGAACAAUGAGGAAUUGGAAUCAUGUGCAUGAGAAUAUUGUUCAUGAUUGGAAAAGCUACACGCGUUAGUAGAAGUGGAGUUGAUGCGUUCAUCAGAAUUGCUAUUCUUUUUCAUUUGCAUCGAGAUUUUCAUCCAUCCGUGCUUUAGUAGAAGUGGAAUUGAUGCAUUCAUUUCAAAGUCAGACUCCUCAUUUGAUUAUCUGGGAAACACCCUACACGGGAGUGAAGGUUAUUCAUGUCUCCCUUUCCUGCUAUUGCGGAUUGUGGUCACUUCAAGAUUUCUUAUGCGAGAAUUCAGGUCAACUGACAAUUGCUCCCUGUUGUAAAAGUGUGAAGCUAAAUCGAUGCUUAUUCUUGCUUGAUUCGUCUGGGUAAUAAAACCACACACAAGAUAACUGUCUUCUCCUGCAAUAUGUUUUCUGGUUCCAGCAUCUGAAGGCUACUGAAAAAGCUAUGUGCACGAGUGUUAAACUUCAAAGAACAAGCAGCAGGUGUCAUUUCUGUUCCAGCUUGGUAGACUGAUAAUAUAUUGCACGUCACUGAAACUGCUUAAUAGAGGGAGAAAACAAGCUUAUUUUGAUUAUAUAACAGGUUAUAUAUAAUUCCUCUUCAUUGUCACAAACAGGUAGUGCACACGUCAAUUGAUCAGCUUGAAUGGUUGAAAUUGAAGAGUUCGUGUGGCAUAUUUUAAUCUAUAAGAAGAGCUUAGGUUGCAAUAAUUUUCUGUUCUAUUGUACUGUUAGCUGAAUUCAAAGGCAGAAGUUAUGAAGAUCAUUCUGUUUUUUCCCCACCUUUGCUUCAAUGCAAUUUUAUUGACUUGGAUGCACCAUUGAAAUCUUUAGUGGAAUAGUAGAUUUUUUGGUUUCAAAUUACCAUAGUCAUUCUAUUGUCUUUGACACUCAAAUGUAAACACUCUGUGGGAAUGGAAAUAUUUAUUAGUAAAGUUA